AAUUCUGGCUUUGAACUUUCAUUGGUUUUGAUAUCAUCCUUUUCUGCAUCAAAUAAAAUACAUAUAUUUGUGUUUUUUUUCAUCAGAAGGAAUAGAUUAGAGUAUAAUAGAGAUGGGGUUUGGUUGCUGUGCUUUUGAAUGUGUGCCCUUAGUAACAGCUGUGAAGGCCGUUGCUUGCUUUUGCUUUAGUAGUCAAGGCUCAAAACAAAGGUGUGGGAUGGCUUGAGCUAGCUUUAGAACAACCAACCGGGGUUUUCUUUCUCUUUCUUUCUAUCCUCUUCUCUCUCUCUCUCUCUCUCUCUCAAAAAUCCGCCUACAUACUCUACUCAAAUUAGCAAGGACUUAAAGGUGAUAUGUAGUCCACGGAACAUCAGAUCUCAAUCAAACUUAUGAGAAGGGUAUUACUUUAAACCGAAGUUCCCAACUGUAGAGAGUUUUUUGGGACAUGAAUAGUGGUUUGUUGUAUAAAGAUGAGAAUUUUGUAGAAGAUUUUCGGUCAAGUUGAGAGAACUAAGAAAAGUCUCUCCUCUACGUACAAGUUGGAAGAACAAUGAAUAAGACUCACUUGGGCUCCAUCAGCAGCUCUGAUCUCAUUGAUGCCAAGCUUGAAGAGCAUCAGAUGUGUGGAUCCAAGCAGUGCCCCGGUUGCGGACACAAGCUCGAAACAAAGCCGGACUGGUUAGGUCUACCAGCUGGAGUGAAAUUUGAUCCAACAGACCAAGAACUGAUAGAGCACCUUGAAGCAAAGGUAGAAGCCAAGGACAUGAAAUCUCACCCUUUGAUAGAUGAAUUCAUCCCUACCAUUGAAGGAGAAGAUGGGAUAUGCUAUACUCAUCCUGAAAAGCUUCCAGGAGUUACAAGAGAUGGUUUGAGCAGGCAUUUCUUCCAUAGACCUUCCAAAGCCUACACUACUGGAACAAGAAAGAGAAGGAAAAUUCAAACCGAAUGCGAUUUGCAAGGCGGAGAAACCCGGUGGCAUAAAACCGGCAAGACCAGGCCGGUGAUGGUGAAUGGCAAACAGAAAGGGUGCAAGAAAAUUCUAGUCCUCUAUACGAAUUUUGGGAAAAACAGAAAACCUGAAAAGACCAACUGGGUCAUGCACCAGUACCACCUGGGGCAGCUUGAGGAAGAGAAAGAGGGUGAGCUUGUGGUCUCAAAGAUAUUCUAUCAGACGCAACCAAGGCAAUGUAAUUGGUCCGACCGCAGUGCAACCACUGGUGAAGGAAACAGUGAGCCUAAUAGCCGUCGAGAUAGUGGUAGCGGGAGCUGUUCUUCCAAGGAAGUAAUUCCCCAGAGAGAUGAACUGUCUGGAGCUGGGGUUGGUGCUGCAAUAUCAAGUUACAGUCCUUUGGAUAUUCAGCAGUUGAAAUCUGAUCAUUUUAGUUUUGCCCCAUUCAGGAAAAGCUUUGAUGAGGUGGGCAUUGGAGAGGCUUCAACGGCAAGGGAGGCCCCAGCAUCUGGAACAUGCGAAGAGCAUGAGAUCCACGACCACCAGAGGCCACACCACGUGACCCAUGACCCCCAACCCCAACCCCAACACCACCACCACCAUCACCACCAUCCACAUCAUCAACUCGCCACUGCUGCCUUCCACAUCACCAGGCCUUCACAUUCCAUCUCCGCCAUCAUCUCUCCCCCACCCCUCCAUCACACCUCCAUUAUUCUUGAUGAAGACUCCUACCAUGUCUCUAGAAUAAUGCUCCAAAAUGAAAAUUUUCAGCAGCAUCACCAGCAGCCGCAGCAGCAACAUCAUAAACUAGGGGGGAGGUCUGCAUCUGGCUUGGAGGAACUCAUAAUGGGCUGCACUUCAACUGAUAUCAAAGAAUUGCAGGAGUCAUCCAUCACAAACCCACAGGAAGCAGACUGGUUGAAGUACUCUCCCUUCUGGCCUGACCCUGACAACCCGGAUCAUCAUGGGUAGAAGCAAAAAAAAAUAAAAAUAAAAAUAAAGGAGAAUAAACAAAAUACUCUCGGAGACAACAUCAUUAUCAUCAUCAUUAGUACUUGAAGUCUUCCUGAAGUUCUUUUCAAGACGAGUCCAAGAACCCCCAACCAUGGUUUGCUUUUAUUGUUUCCCUUUCUUUUUACUUGGGGGCCUGGCUAGAAGGUGUCUGAUGGCUCAACUGAACUAACUGUGCAACAGUCCAUGCUGGAAUGUUGGAAAGAGAGAGAGAGAACAAAAGGAAAAAGAAAGAAAACCAAAGAAAAGAAAAGAAACCAAGAAAGGCUGCUGCUCUACUGACAAUAGAAGGAGAACCAAAGACCCAAAGCAAAUCCCAUCCCACCAUGAAAAUCAUCACCAUUAUCAUUACAGUAUCAUCUUUAUAUAUGCCUAUUCUUAUUAUUUAUUUAUUUGUAGUUGUUUGUAUAAUUUCUUCUUCUUCUUCUUUUUCUUUUUAAAGAAAAUACCAAAGGGGUUGUGCAAAUUUCGACAGGAUCAUUGUUAAUUGUGUUGUGUUUAAACACUUUCCUAGUAGAUUACUAUAUGAAUAUUGGGGUUCAUAUGAUUUCCCUUUACAGAAAAUAAAGAUGUGUUUCGAUAUUA